AUUCAUUGCUCAUUAUCAUCCCACUCUCAUUUCGUCCUACCCAGUCUCCCCUGCUUGGAUAUCUGAUGGUGGUGUGGGGGCGGGGUACUGGCUACUAUAAAGCUGGUGCAUCCGUGCUGCGAUUGGCUGGUGGGAUCCCUUUAAUCUGCUCUGACUACUAUAGGGUCCACCCCCAUACUCCUCCCCCUCUCUUUGCCCUCCCUGACAGCAUCCAUACACAACAGUGCACUGUCUCUGUUCCAGGGAGAAUAUCAGCUCUGCACAGGGAGGAGAGGAUUAGCCACAGCCACUCAGCUCAUCUGCAUACAUGUUCCCAGAGAACCACAUGAGCACCCAAGGCUGCACCUCUUUUGUAUAAAAGCUGGCACUCCUAUCACAGAGUCUCCACUUCAUCUACUCUCACUGCUGUGAGGAGACUCAAAAGGGACCACAGUUGUUGUUUAUUUUGUUUUUUUCUUUUGGACUCUUUUGAAUGAUCUAAAGACUUGUUUAUAUCAUUUAAAACAGCCAUGUCUCUUUUUAAUUGGCAAAAUGAAAGUAAUAUUAUUUGACGUAUAUCUUCUCUGAACAUCAAGGAGUUUAUUCCCAUUUUUUUUUCCUGGGGUUGUUUUUUUUUUCAUCCGUUUUCCUGCUCCAGAAUGCCAUCUAGAGAGUCCUAUGAGGUUUGCCAGGAAGAGAAGCCUCUGGUGCAAAAGGCCAAGCGUGAGGCCAAUCAGGAGGAUAUUCUGGCCGCAGCCCUGGGGAUGAGGAUGGGGCCACAAAAACCUUCAGCCACUUUUUGGCAGCCACUUAAACUGUUCGCCUAUUCGCAGCUCACCUCACUGGUUCGCAGAGCUUCACUGAAGGAGAGCGACUGGCCCUCCAGAUCUGAGAAAGCCCACAACUUCAAGGUCCAUACCUUUCGGGGACCUCACUGGUGCGAGCACUGUGCCAGCUUCAUGUGGGGACUGAUGGCUCAGGGGGUCAAAUGUGCAGAUUGUGGUUUGAACACUCACAAGCAGUGCUCAUCUCUGGUACCAAACAACUGCAAACCCGACCUGAGACACAUCCGGAAAGUUUACAGCUGUGACCUCAGCACGCUAGUCAAAGCUUGCAAUACAGCCCGACCCAUGGUGGUGGACAUGUGCAUAAGAGAGAUCGAGUCCAGAGGACUGAAGUCAGAAGGCCUCUACAGAAUAUCUGGAUUCAGCGAUUCAGUGGAAGAGGUCAAGUCCAGGUUUGACAAAGAUGGCGAGAAGACAGACAUCUCAGUGAAUGCCUAUGAAGACAUCAACAUCAUCACGGGUGCAUUGAAACUGUACCUCAGGGAUUUGCCUGUUCCUGUCAUCUCAUUCGACGCUUACCCCAGGUUCAUCGAGGCUGCAAAGCUCACAGACGCAGAGAAGAAGCUGGAAGCUUUCCGCGAGGCUCUUGCUCUCCUACCACCACCACACGCUGAAACUCUAAAGUACCUCAUGGCUCACUUAAAAAGGGUGACACAGAAUGAGAAAUUCAACUUGAUGAACGCAGAGAACCUUGCCAUCAUUUUCGGGCCCACCCUCAUGCGUGCACCCAACACGGACGCCAUAACAGCGCUGAAUGACAUCCGCUAUCAGAGACAGGUGGUGGAGGUGCUCAUUAAAAAAGAGGAUGUACUCUUCUAAACAAAAAGUAGGACUUUUAUAGAACAGCCCUCUAAUCAUUUUUUUGUGUAAAGACUUGAAUGACUUUUUUAUCACACUGAUUGAUGCUUUUUUUUUUUAAAUGCCUUGUGUAUGGACUAGUGCUAACCUAACAUCUGUCCUCCCCUGUACUGGGUGUGGAUGAUGAACCUUACACUUGUACGUACCUUUUGUCUCCCCAUUUUUGUCGGGGUUUUUUUGAAAAGCUGACAGACCAGCAUGCAUGGUGCAAGGUCUUUGUUUGCUUUGUAGUCGUAACCCAGCAUGUGUUAAGAUGUGUAGCGCUGUGAUUUCUGCUUUUGUCUGUAACACAGUAGAUUUUGUCCACAUUCCCAGCUGCUUGCUGUGCAGCUAUUUCUGUGAAACUUUAUAUAGUUGGAUGUAAAAAAAAAAUAAAAAAAUAAGCUACUAAUUUUACUGGGGUAAUUUUUAUGAUGCUGUAUUUUUUUAUCUCCUCGAAUGUUUCUACGUCACCUGCAGUUCUUCUUUGAAUAAGUCUUUCUUCUUAAUGUGUACACACUGCUGGAUUUUCCUGACCUUAACAUUUUUGUUGUGUUAGAAGCAGCAUAAUUUGUGAAUUUGAUUUCUUUCUUUUUUUUUACUGUAAUGUUUUUUGUACAAAACUUGUGCAUGGUCACUUUAAUUUAUUAAACCUUACUCUGAUAAAUUAAGUGCUUAAUGAGUCAUCUGA